AUUACAAUUACCGUUAAUAUUAUUAAAAAUGUGAUACACAAAUACCGUUCGAUGUUUCUUUUCCAAAGCAGAAUCAAUAAAUUUUGAUCAAUUGGAAACGAUCGAUGCUUCGUGCGCAGCGUACCGAGAUGAAGAUGUUGCUGGCCGAUGAGCGAAAAUUCUUUUGGCAUUACGCGGCGAUAUGUUUUGGAAUUCAAGCCUCACAAGGCGGGAAAUUAAAAAGAUAGCAUCAUCGAUCGGGCACACGGAAUUCAUUAGUGUUUGUCUCUAUCAUCUGGAAGAACUUGAUCGCCAAAUAAGUGAGAGAAGGUAAAGAAAGUGAAUAGGAAAAUGAUGUUUACCGCUGGUGCCCAUGCAAAAAAGCGUAACGCUGGUAGUGGUUCUGCCCGGAAGUCUGCUGCGGAUCGUAGGAGUCCGCAAACUCAUGUGAGCGCGGAAGGGUACACUUACAGGACUAGAAUUCCAAUACUAAAUCCAACGGAUCUUCCACCAGCAAGCUCUAUAGGGAAAACGUAUGUAUACAAAACCAGAGUUCCCCGAAGGGACAUUGUAGUUGCAUCCUCUCCACGUGAAAUGAAUAAUAUCGGUGGGGGAGCAAUUACAAAAAGAAGAGGGGCAGUGAAACACAACAAAGUGCAUGUAGUUCGAGGUCACAAAUUAGUUGCAAAAUUCUUCAGACAACCAACAUUCUGCGCUUUUUGCAAGGAUUUUCUUUGGGGCUUUGGGAAGCAAGGAUACCAGUGCCAAGCCUGCCAAACAGCGGUGCAUAAGAAGUGCCAUGAUAAAUUGUUAACCAAGUGCCCGGAAAGUGGCAGGCAAUCCGAGAACACGAUAUACUUGAGGGAGCGUUUCAAGGUAGAUGUGCCUCACAGAUUUCGGCUUCACACAUUUAUGUCGCCGACGUUUUGUGAUCAUUGUGGUUCCAUGUUAUACGGCUUUUUUCGACAAGGUGUCAGAUGCGACGGUAUGUAAAAAAUUCACUCUUGCAUAUCUUUCAUUUUAUUCUUGAUGCACCUUGAAUUUAAAAUUUUUUAAUAUAACGUUCAUUUAAAUUCGCACUAUUGAUUAUAAUUUUUUCUAAAAUUUUACUUUUUAAUAUUUUAAUCUUAGUUUAAAAUUAUUCUUAGUUUGGUUUGAAAUAGUAUCCGUUCGCCAUUCGUUGGCUAUUUCUAAGAUUCUCUGAACAAGCAACAAUAGGCACCGAGAAAAGAAACAUUUGGCGCGGAACUCAAUGCUUGAAUACAAAACAACGCGAAACCGUGACUCCGUUGACACAUAAAUGCGCGUUUUACACGGUUGACAUGCAUGCUUGCCACAAGCUUCAAUAAUUGCAAGUUUUCUGGUAUUUCUCAUAACGUUCUCCACAAACUUGUCGUACGUCGUAUUAUAUCUUUAACAGCAUGCCAGUAAUAAAGUGUCUUCUAAUCAAGCUAUACUUUAGAUAGAAAAUUCUUUUUCUAUUUUCAUAUUGUAUAUCAUUUGUGAAUGUUUCUGAAACAAAUAAAUUCAUGAAAUUCAUCAAUUUUUAAUAACUUUUUUAAAUAAAUUUUAAUAUUGUGCACCAUAGAUAAAUUCAAAACGAGAGAGAAUCUCGUUAAAGCAUCGUAACAAUAAUAAGUGACCACGUCUUUUACAAUCGACAGAUACAAACCGAUCCAAACUCUGAGUCACGUACAAAUGUUACAAUUCGACAAAUAUUUGUAGGGGAAGCAAUGCUUGAGACGUUGCACGGGUUAUUAGAGUCCAGCUAGUAUAUAUAGUUAGAUGCUAGGAAGCCUCAUAUACUAGACUUCUAUUAUUACACCGGGUCGCUCGCUUAGACUCAGUCGAUGUUGGCUCCCUGAACCGUGAGAACGCCUCGUCGAACACCUGAGAACGCCGGCGAUCCGUGCCGCGCUCAGUCGUCUUCGAGAGCGUCGAACCGCUCGUGUCUACGGAGCGGACGUGCCUCCGUUCGUGCUCCCUCUU